AUGCGUUCGUCUUCUAUGCGGUCCUAUUAUCUGAUGAUAUUCAUUUGCUUCCUCCCAGGAGGCAUGCUGCAUGAUUCUAACCCUCCGGACUAUUGUUAUCUGGAAAUCGAACCUGGCGUUGGCUCAAAAUCGGAGGAUAGGUUUGCAUUUGAUGCAUCUUCGAUGGAAUGUGAAGGGUUCAAGUUCACCGGAUCCGGAGCACUUUGCAACAACCCCAUCGCCGUGGGCGAUGGCGAUCUCCAGAUGCAAAGGUACGGAUUUGAUGCCGAAUCAGGAAAAUGUAUAUCUUUCGAAUUUACCGGGGCGAACGGGAACGGGAACAAUUUCUUGACGAAGCAACACUGCGAAGAACUCUGUAUGGGCAGGACCCAAACAUAUGACUGA